AGUAUCGCGUAUUUGUCGAUUCCUUCUCACGGUCGUGCACAGCUUUGGAGUCUUGCUUGGAUGCAUCACUGAAAUCUCUGGCUUGCCAUCGUUUUAGUUUUUACAAAGAGUCCCAUAUAUUUUCUUUGAGAUUGUUUCUUCAAAGAUGGCGAGAAUAGACGAAACCUCGCGUAAUCUUGCUGUAGUGGAUUGGGUGAUCAUCGCUGCUUACUUCGUCUUGUGUCUAGGAGUUGGUUUAUUUUCCAAGUUCAGAAAGCAAAGGGGAGAAGCUGAAACCGCCGAAGGGUACUUCUUGGCUGGACGAAAGAUGCUAUGGUGGGCGGUGGGUCCCAGUCUUUUCGCGAGUAAUAUGGGCAGUGAACACUUUAUAGGCUUGGCAGGGUCUGGUGCGUCUACUGGCAUUGCUGUGGUAUCCUACGAAUGGCAGGCCGUGUGGGUGUUGUUGCUUCUUGGCUGGGUGUUUGUCCCUAUAUACCUCAGGUCAAGGGUAUUUACCAUGCCAGAGUACUUAAACAAGCGAUUUCAAAGUCGUUCAGUCAGAACGUACCUCACUAUUGCCGCUCUCUUGUCGUAUGUGUUUACCAAAACAUCUGUCGACAUCUACGCUGGAAGUUUGUUUCUUUACGAAGCUGUAGGAUGGAAUAUAUAUGUCUCUGCUGCUGUUAUUUUAGUCAUCACCGCCGUCUACACACUUCUCGGUGGUCUUAUGGCUGUCAUUUUCACCGAUGUGCUACAAUGUGCCAUCAUGAUCAUCGGAGCUGUUGUGCUGUCAAUACUAAGUUUUAUCAAGGUUGGAGGCCAUGAUGGAUUAUGGUCAAAAUACGACAGUGCUUUGGGAACACCAUGGAAAGCCCCCGUGGCGAAUGCUUCAAACGCCUCCGUCAUGGCAACAGUUGCACUUAACGGUAGUAACGUCACACAAGGUUGCUACAAGAUGACUCCAUACUGGGGCAACAUGUUCAGGCCUCUAGAUGACCCUGAUUACCCCUGGUUGGGACUGUGGACGAUCCUACCCAUUAUGGGUGUAUGGUAUUGGUGUACUGAUCAGGUCAUUGUGCAACGUGCACUUGGGGCCAAGAACAACUUGCAUGCCAAAGCUGGAACCAUCUUCGCUGGUCUCCUGAAAAUCCUACCUUUAUUCAUUAUGGUUAUGCCUGGCAUGAUUAGCAGAGUGUUAUUCCCAGACUCCAUUGCGUGUGCAGAUGGUCCCAGCUGUCUGCAUUACUGUGAUAACAAGUGGGGAUGUACGAACAAUGCCUACCCCAAGCUGGUUCUGAACGUGUUGCCAACUGGUCUUGUUGGUCUGAUGAUGGCUGUCAUGAUGGCUGCUCUCAUGUCAUCUUUGUCUUCAGCCUUCAACAGCAGUGCCACCAUCUUCACCGUGGAUGUUUGGCUACUGCUACGACAAAGUGCUUCAGAACGUGAGAAACUGAUCGUUGGUCGUGUCAUUGUUGCGGUACUUGUCGGAGUGAGCUUGUGCUGGCUUCCUAUUAUCCAAGGUUCCGCAGGCAGUGAGUUAUUCGUGUACAUCCAGACAAUCCAGUCUUAUCUUGCUCCACCAAUCACCAUGGUAUUUGGACUGGGUAUCCUGUGGCCUGGUCUGACCGAGGCUGGUGCUUUAUGUGGACUCAUUGUUGGACUAUUUCUUGGUCUCCUCAAGUUCAUCUUUGGUAAUGUGUACCCUAAGCCUAACUGUGGAUUAAUUGACGAUAGACCAGACUUUGUUAAGUUACAUUUCAUGUGGUACGGUCUGAUCAUAUUCGGUGUAUGUGGCAUCGUAAGUGUAGGAGUGAGUCUCUUCACUUCAAAAGUACCUCGUGAAGAACUUGGUGGUUUGACGUGGCCAACGAUCAACGAUCCUCCAAUCUCUCACGGAGCAAUUGGAGAAAAAGGCUCGUCUUUGCAUUCUGGUGGCAAUAAGUAUGAACUGCCUCAAAUAACCAAAUCUGCCUCGAAUGGUGUGGAGAUGGGAAGACACAACCCAACCAUCGACACUAAAGACGAAGUAGAAGUGCGUCCAACAUUUAAAGGCCACCUCGAAGGACAAAAUUUCCAAAUGAAAGAGUACCUUGAUGUCGUGCCGUUCGCUAAGGAAUCUGCUCUCACCAAGUGGGGUUUGAGAUGCUUCAGCGUCUGCACCCUGGGAGCUUUGAUCUUCCUGUGGAUCUACUAUAGAUAAUGGCCGAAAUACUUGACAAACUGGCAUUAACGGACUUCUUAGGGAACAUUCAUUUUUUUUAGAAGGGGGAAGGGCCGUAAACAUAUGUGCCCAAUCCUCCGACCCCUCCCCCCUCACCUUAUCUUUGAAAUUUUAAAAUCGCUAUCCAAUACCCAGCUGAUAAAAUAAUAAUAAAUUGAUAAUAACCAGAUAAAAUUUAGAACGCCCCUCCCGUUUUCUCUAAGUAAAAAUGAAUCUUCCUUAGGACAUUGAACCAAAUUUCUACUUCUGUGACGUCACAUGCAACAUCGCACCGUGUGACACACCAAAAACAGGCUUUUUUAUGCAACUUUGCAGGCAUUGUCGCAUCGUCUGUCCGCCCCUUAAUAGUUUUGUUUACAAUAGAGCAACUGCUGCUCGCAAUUUUUUUAUUUACUUCACUUUGGCUUUGUAUCACUCCUCUAAAUGCAAUCGUGUGAAAGUUUUGAUCGAUGCUAUCAGUAAAAAAUACAUUUUCUUCCUUUACAAUUGCCAUAAAUACUAUGAUCUACGAUUCUUUACACUUGUUUCAUAUUGUUCUAAAAACGGUGGUAGAUUUCUCCGUUGCGCAUAACAGUUACAAUACACCUUGCAUUGCAUCAGAUCUUUCUUGUUCUUUGCUUGAAUAUUCUCUAUAUUCUGUAUAUUUGCGAGUAAGUCAAGUAAAGAGAAAAAAUCACAGGGAUUUUAUAGGUGGGAAGAUUAAGUUUGUAGAAAACCUUAUAGAACAGUUUUUAAAUCGCCGUGUAACAUCUUCAAGUAUUAUUAAAACCGAUUCUUAAACUGUGA